UGGCAAUAAUGCCCCAGGUGGCUCAAGAGCACGCUUGUUAGAAGUGGUUGAGCUUGGGCCGCUGUGGAUAGGUCUCGUCAACGAUCCCAAGAUGAAGCUUGCUGCUGCUGCCCACUUAUUAGCAAGCAACAUGGGAUGAACUGCCUUUAGGCAAGUCUGGCCGCCCACAUCCCGUGUCACUAUCGACGACACACUUUGAAAUGACUCGGCGUGUAUUGGUUCACGUCGGCCAUGUCGUCUAUUGGCAGCACCGCUUUCCAAUCUAAGUGGCGGCUUUUUCUCGACAUCACGCCCACCUUGGCCUGGGCCCUUUUGACUGCUUUCCCCGUCCGGUCACUGCGAGCCGUCCAAGACGAAGCCCACAAUGGCGAGCACCCACUUUUCAGCGGAGUGCUUGGUUAUACUAUGCAUCAGAGUGGGCGACAAAGACGGCGAACAUCACGAGAAGCCCCUUCAUACUCGGGCAAUGGCUAGGCCUUGAAGAUACCAAGCAUUUAGACGUGUACGACGAGUCCCGAAGUUCUGGUUAUUACAAUGUCACUCAGCUUCCUCGAAUUCUUUCGAGGUUCUUGUAUCAUCCUACUCACUCAUCCAGUCAUUCACUUAGUCCCUCACUGCCAACCAGCAACGACUCGGUUCUUC